AUGCAAACUCAGCUGAACAUAGCACCCAGUCAUCCAGAUUCUCGCGUUUUCUCCGGUUUGAUGUGGGUUUCACCCAAUGCCUCACUGGACAGGCUGGACUUCAAUGCACUAGAACGUUGGACUGGUCCCAGAGCUGAAAACCCAGUUGUGCCGUUUGACAGCCUUCAGUAUCCCGACUGGUAUGCCCAGAAGAAACAUUGGCAUCCAUGGGUACCACACAAACAGGAUGGAUUGUGGUGGCACCAAAUCAUGCCUGACAGCACAUUUUUACCCCUGGAUGAUGAAGCCAGAGCCAAAGAAGACCUUUUGGGCAUGGUCAAAAUCCUGGGUGUUGUAUAUCGUCAUAUCCGACCUGAGGGCCCAAGACCUGAUAAUGCAUAUGGCAUUGACAAUAUUAAUCUCAGCCUCCCUCAUUCAAGAGACCAUGCAUGUAGAUUCAUGCUUUCUGCCAGCGGUUAUAUCCGUUGGCUGAAAGCUCAUCGUCCGGAUGAUAUGGCUAGAUACUUGACAUCCCAGGAUGUGGAGCUUAUGCAGGCUUGGAGAUUAGACCAGCCAGGAGGAUUGGGUGUCAUUUUGGACCUGACGCGGGAUAAAAGAGAAAUGAACAUCGGGCUGUACCUGCAAUACAACAUUCCGGUUUACUAUCCUUGGACCUUAUCUGCGGCCGCUGAUGGCGCCUUCUAUCAUCUAUCCCCCUCCUACUUGCUAUCUCUGGAUAAUUACCAGGAAGCAUUCUCAAUCCCACCCACGAAUUUUGAUUGCUUUUUCCAGCCAAUGUUGCCAGGUCAAAGGGGCUUGGCCGUGAUGGCCCAAGAACUGCCUCCCUUGAUACACCAGGUGUUGGACUUCCAAGGUUGGAUACCCAGAUCCAUCUCUGGCAAGGCAGCACGCCGUUGUUUCCAGUUAUUUUAUUUCGAGGAACGCGUAGUAGAUGUGGGUGUGGCUCGGUCAUAUCUUCGCAUCUAUCAUAGAUUUAGACCCAAUGUCACCCUAAACCCAGCACACCUCACCCUGAACUCCUCAGAUGUCUGUAUCCGAGAGAGAUGGAAGUUCAAUCAUGCCCCCCAUGCUGGUCAAUUUUACGACACAGCCACUCAGCAACUGAAGACUGCUGAACCCACCCCCAUGCAAGUGCCAUUACCCAUUAAUCCUUCAUGGGGCUUGAUGAUCCCCCCAUUGGCCCACAUACACACCGGCUGUCAGGUUCCUGCCCAAUCUGAAGUGGGAGAUUUGGCAGACUCAGAUCCUGAGCAAUUUUUGCAAGAGAUUAUUGUUCAGGUAGACUUUGGGACUCAUAGUGGCCUAGAUUCACAGAUACAGAAUUUUGUUUUGAGGUUUCCAAACCACUUUAGCGUUCCAUACGAUGGUGGUUUGUGGAGGGCUUGUCUAGAUACAUCUACCAGAACACACACUUAG